GGGAGUCAUGUCCAUGGCCCAGGUACUUCUUGGGUGUAUCUGUACCUCCAUUCCUGCGACUUUCACUCUUACCUCACCUUUGUUCCACCUUGUUGCAGGAUAGCCUCCUAAGUCUCAAGGGUUUUCCGGGUUCAUCCAGACUCCCAGCAAUCUACGGGAGCGCACGAGAGCAGCGAGGAUGGCGACUCAACAGUAUUAUGAGCUGUACCGGGGCAGCAGUAUCGGCGAAGCGCUUAUCGAUACAAUUGACGAUCUCAUCAAUGACGGCCGAAUCGAACCCCAACUGGCUAUGAAGAUCCUUAGCAACUUCGAUCGCGCAAUCGCCGAGACACUCGCAGAGAAGGUCAAGUCGAGAAUGACAUUCAAGGGACACCUUGAGACCUAUCGAUUCUGUGACGAUGUUUGGACAUUUCUCGUUAAAGACGUCAGGUUCAAGAGUGAUGCUGGUCAAGAGUUCCACGCGGAUAAGGUCAAGAUCGUCAGCUGCAAUUCCAAGAAACCCGGCGAGGCAUAGGAGCUUGAAUGAACGAGGGCAUGGGUUAUGGUGGUGCUCUGUUAGCAGGAUUGCAUUAUGGAUUGCGCAUGCAGAGCUAGACGCUGCUACGACAUACACUUGGGCAAACAGGACAAAACACCGUUGAGAACGUUCACACGGAGUUGAUGGCUAUGAUAUGGGCUAUGGGCACUCUCCAUGAGUGGAAAAUGAUACCCCGUGCUGAUUAAAUGCAGCAAGGCUGCGACAAGGCAUCUACAAAUACUACGAUUUCUUGCAUAAUCAGUUCUUUAUGAUGAAUUUCAUUCACAAGCCAUCACCUCUUUGACAUAGCCAUACCAUUCAACUCUAGAAGGAACACAGUUUGAGGGAGCAGGGUGCAGGGUGGGGC